GACAACGGAAUCCCGCCCAUCACGUCACCAUGGCCCGUCGCAGACAUCAUCUAUGUUUCAAUCAUUGGUCCUGUCAUGCUGGCCGCUCUCUUGGAAUGGAUCCUCUGGCUCCUAGCCUUCUUGUACUGUCUAUGGAAGGUCUUCCUGAAGGCGAAUGCAUGGAGCAUUCGCCUGUUAUGCCUUGUCAACAUGCUCUUCUUUGUCUGCAUGCGCUGUAUCUUCCUGCCAAUCAUGCUGGUCACGCUCCCGCUGCCAUCCCAGGUUGUUCAAUACUUUCCAGCAGACAUGGUCAGCAUCCUGCAAUGGUUCGCCUUCUGGGCCUUUGCAGGCCUUUUGACCAUACCCUGGCUCUUCUGUGUCUACCAGCUUGUCACUCACAACGUCGGCAGACAGCGAAAGGUCAAAAUUGUCCUGGAUGAGUUCACGGCACCUAAAGUCGUCAUCGUCAUGCCUUGCUACAACGAGGAACCUGAUGUUCUACUGCGCACAGUCGACUCGAUUGUGGAUUGCGAAUAUCCACCAUCGUGCAUGCACGUCUUCCUCUCAUUCGAUGGGGACCAAGAGAAUGAGCUUUUUCUCAAUACCAUCGAAAAGCUCGGCGUUCCAUUAACCCUCGAGUCAUAUCCGAAAAGCAUCGAUGUCAAGUAUCGAAGCUGUCGCAUUACCGUCUCUCGAUUUCCGCACGGUGGCAAACGAAGCUGUCAAAAGAAGACAUUCAAGUUGAUCGACAAGAUCUACGCGGAAUACUUGCGGCGCAACGACGACCUCUUCCUCCUCUUCAUCGAUUCUGAUUGCAUUCUCGACACACUAUGCAUACAAAACUUCAUGUAUGAAAUGGAGCUGAAGCCCGGCAGCAAGCGCACCAUGUUAGCCAUGACUGGAGUCAUAACAUCGACGACCGUCAAGCACUCCUUGAUCACUGUGCUUCAAGACAUGGAGUACAUUCAUGGCCAACUUUUCGAGCGAUCUGUCGAAUCAUCCUGCGGUGCCGUUACCUGCUUACCCGGAGCUCUGACCAUCCUACGCUUUUCAGCUUUCCGGCGAAUGGCGAAAUAUUACUUUGCAGAAAAGGCGGAGCAGUGCGAUGAUCUCUUCGAUUAUGGUAAAAUGCAUCUCGGAGAGGAUAGAUGGCUGACUCACUUGUUCAUGAUUGGCGCCCAGGAGAAGUAUCAAAUUCAGAUGAACACCGGAGCCUUCUGCAAGACGGAAGCUGUGCAAACAUUCAAGAGCCUCCUCAAACAGCGACGCAGAUGGUUUCUUGGCUUUAUCACCAAUGAGGUUUGCAUGCUGACGGAUAUUCGCCUCUGGAAGCGAUAUCCGCUGCUGCUUAUCAUCCGCCUCGCGCAAAACACGAUUCGAACUACAGCGCUACUGUUUUUCAUCAUGGUCAUAUCGAUUUUGAGCACCUCGCAAAAGAUCGCAAAUCUGCCCGUCGGCUUCAUCGCUGUCUCGCUUGGACUCAAUUGGGUGCUGAUGCUGUAUUUUGGAGCCAAGCUCGGGCGGUACAAGAUCAUGCUCUAUCCUCUCAUGUUUGUGGUCAAUCCGUUCUUCAAUUGGCUCUACAUGGUUUAUGGUAUCUUCACUGCUGGGCAGAGGACAUGGGGAGGCCCACGAGCAGAUGCACAGAAAGCAGACGAGAAGACGUCGCCAGAGCAAGCAGUGACUGAGGCCAUCCAGAAAGGAGACGAAUUGAACAUCGACCCUACGACAUUCCGCCCAGGCGCUCAAGCGCAGGUGUCUUUGCUGCCGUCCAGUCGUCUUGAAGGUCGUUUCGCUGCCGCAGAAGAAUUGCCGGGUGGCUGGUACAAGCAAAUGAAUGAUUCUGGUGCUCUCCGUGCCGACCUGACUCCUGGCCAGCAAGAAGGCAUGGUCUACAAUCAAGGUCCACGGCGCGAUAGCUCUGAAUCUUUCUCAUCGACAUUCAGCUCUUAUAGCACGUUUCCAACGCCGCGACGAGCUGAGCAGAGGCCAGCCGGAGGCGCUUUUUUCGAAUCACGACCGAAAGCUAGACCAGCAGUAACGAAAGCCGAACCUGAACCCGGACAUGUACGAGAGCAGAUAAUUCCCCAACCAUCGCGGCGAUCAGAGUCUGUAGAAAGUGCUCGUUCGGACGCCUCGGAUGAAUCGAUUCCAAUGCACUUCGGACCUCGUCAACGUAUCCCGGUCCUACCAAUCGACCCUCCCAACGUCCACAUUCCAACUCGACCAACUGAUGUAGACCGAAGCCCAUCGCCACCACCACAGCCCACGAGACCAGAACCCGUGCACCAAGCAAAUCGUCCCUGGCAAGGAAGCAGUGCAUCCCGAUCUGCGCGCAGUCCUCUGGCCAGGAAAAGCUAUACCAGGCUGGCUCCGCACGAUGCUCCCUCGACAGCUGGCACUUCGACAGAGGUGGAGGUGAGAGUGCCGAGGAGAGUAUCGACGGACGAUGAAGGCGAAGCUGUGACUAGAGGUCGACGCCGGCGCACAAGUAUCGGGCCAGAUGGGCGACGGAGAUUGAGCAAGCAGAGGAAAAGCAGG